AUGGCGGCCGUACUUACUGGAGGAUCGAUCGGCUGUGGAGUUACCGAGCCUGGCGCCGGCAAGGAGGGCCUCGUAGUCGGAGGCGCUGAGGUCGCCGUUGUUGUUGUGGGGAGUGGUGCCUUCGUCCUGCUGCUGCGG